AUGCAUCGCGACACGUAUGGCCACGGUAGACGGGACGGAGUAGCUCAUUGGCAAGGUUCUGCGGCCGGGCCAAACCGUGGGGGAGCGCAGGGCCAUGGGGGAGCGGAAGGCACGGAGCACGGACAGGAGGGGGCGCGUGAGCUAGAGGUUGGGGGGGGGCACGUGCAGGAGUAUCUGUCGUCGCGUUACCACCGUCGCACGGUUUCGCAGCCCAAUCUGGACGCGCUCUUUUCGCGCCAGCAGCAGCAACAGCAGCACCAGCAGCAGCAGCGACCGAGGGGAAUCGUUUCCAGUCCGCCGCACGAAGCGUCGCCGUUCCUGCGCCGUUCCACCACCUACACCACGCCGUUCCCCGUCUCCUCGUCUGCUCCGCCCGCGCCUGCUGCCGCCGCUGCGGCGCUCGCGUCUGCGCUUGAGCGGGGCUCCCUUGCGCUCUCGCGCGCCCGCGAGCGCCUACCGCCCCCGCUGAACCUUCCGCUUACUCUCUCCGCCUCGUCGUUUGUUCCCGCGUCCCCCGCGUCGUAUUCCCCCGCCGCCGUAUUGAAUGACGCGCGGGAGGGGAGAGUCCUCAGCAGUAGCCACGACGGGCGGAUGGGUAUGAGUGGGAGCGGCAGCGGCGGCAGAGGAACGCCGUUCACCGCUGCGGCAGUAGCGGCAUUGGUGGCGCGCGAAGGCCUGGGCGGACCGGCGGGGGGCGGAAGCUGCGGCGGAAGCCCGCGGUCGUUGAUAUCACCGCAAAUGCAGCACAUGGCGGGAUCGCCCAAGUUCCAGGUGGUUUCCCCGCGAUUGCAAGGCGCCAUGCACCGGCUGCUCAUGGCGCAAUCCGACCUCACUCCGCGCCUCCCCGCCGAUGCCAUCACCUCCGCAGUCGCCGCUCCUGUGAGCGCCAGCGGCGCGGGCGGCGGCGGGAGUGUGGGUGCGGACACGGGGACGAUCAGGACUGGGCGAUCGCCGUCGUCGCAGUUUUGGGAUCGCGCGGAGGGGGAGCCGAUCUUUGACAAGGGCUCGGGGGGGCUUUUCAGCGGCCGGCGCAGGUCGGGCGGGCGCGGUGGAGCCGGGGGAGGCGGAGGCAAUGCAGGCGGCGCAGGGGCAUCCGCGGGCGGGUCUGACGCGGACGCGAAUCAGUUUCCGCGGCACAGCAGAUCGCACUCGCACUCAUAUUUAAGCCCUUUCCGCAGCGCGCAACCCUCCCCUUCCCCGCUUUCCCCCAUCUCCGCCCAGCAUGAUCGCUCCCCGCCGACCCCCCGCAAUCGCCACAAGCGCGGGCCGUCGGAGGCCUCCGUGCUGCCCAUUUCCGCCACGUACUUGCGCGCGACCCCGCCCGCGCUCUCCCCCGCUGGGUUGAUUUCCCCCGCGGCCGCAGGCGCAAGCUUGCGCCCGCGUUUCCUCUCGAGCGGGUCCCUCCCUUCCCCCGCCCUCUCCGCCACGGGUGUCGAGCUCUCCUUCCGCCGCACGCCCUCCCCCGCUCCUUCCCCCGCCUCCUCAGCUUCCGCUCUCUCAGCUCCUCUCCGCUCCCCGCCGGGACUUUCCGCGGCAUCAGGCGGAGCAGCAUCUGUCGGAUCUGGAGGAAGCCCCGCCGCGGGCGCCGCCGCCGCGACCGCGCAGGGAUUUCUGAACCGGGACUUCUCGUUCGGGCGACGGCCCGCUUCCGCUGGUGCGCGGACGAACUUCCUAGAGAGGUACGAGGCGGGCGGGGCAGGCGCAGUCGCAGGCGCGGGGGAAGCAGCGGGAGUUGGGGGAGGCGGAAGCAGCAGAGGGUGGGCGCCCGGGCGGGUGAUCGGGGGCGCGGGGAGUGGGAGUCGGGGGAGGUGGAGUGAGAGCGAUGCUGGGUCGGAGGAGGGCGUGGGGGAGGGGGGGGGAAAGGCGGGGAGGGCAGGGGAAAGCGAAGGCGCGGCAAGGGUGGGUAACGGGGGAGUCACAGGGGAGGAGAGACGCGACGGGUUGAAUGAGAAGCAAGCGAUGGGAGGGAAGAGGGGGAGUGGGAGGGCGGGUGGCGGCAGUGGUGGCGAGAGUGAUGGCGGCAGGACGAGUGACGGUAACAGCAGCAGCACUACUGGGGCCCGUGCAGGCAGGACUCGCAGCUCCAGUGGGAGCGGGCGGAUUGGCGAGGAGACAGUGAGACAUGCGGGGGCGCAUGAGGAAAGCGGGGGGGCCAAGGAUGGGGAAGAGUCAAGGGAAGGUAGUGAGCGCAGGGUUGGUGGUGGCGGCAGUGGGCACAGGGGGCACUCCCACUCGUGGUGGUUUGCUUCGUCCUCCUCCUCGUCUCCAGCUACUGCUGCAGCACCCGGCGCUCCUGCCACCACCACCAACACCAGCAGCAACCACAACAACAUCAGCAGCAGCAACAGUGCGUCUGCUGCCCCGACCCUGCACGCUGCAGGCGGGUCCACGUCAGCGUCCCCGUCAGCGUCCAGGUCAGCGUCGAGGUCCCUGUCUCUGUCGGACAGGGCGCGGAAAUCCGCGCGCAGCCUGGAUCUGAGGCGGCUCUGGGUGCCCCCGGGGGGAGACGAGGGCGCGCAGGGGAAAGGGGAGGGGGCGCAGGGUGAGAAGAGCGGGCAGAGUGGGCAGAGUGGGCAGAGUGGGCAGGGUGGGGAAGGGGAGGGGUUUGUAUCAAAGGAGACAAAGGAGGAGGGAGACAAGAAGGGGGCGCCAGGAGCCGUUGGAAGUGGCAGCGGCAGCGGUAGCAGCAGCAGCAAGGCGGGAGGGGGUUUGCUGGGGGUGUUUUCGGGUCGGGGCAGGUUCUCUCGGCGUUUCUCCAACACCAGCUUUGACUCCUCCUGGUGGGACGCCCGCCACGCCUCUGCUGCUGCCCCUGCACCCAACGCUGCCUCCGCUGCUGCAACUGCCUCUACCUCUGCCUCUGCCUCUGCCGCUACCUCCUCUGCUCCUGCUGCUGCUGCUGCGAGUGCGUCAGGGGAGCGUGGCGGUGGGGUGGUGGGAGGCGUAGGGAGGGGCCAGGGCAGCAGCAGGAGCAAGAGCAGCAGUGGGGGUGGCAGUGAGAGCACGGUGGGAGGCGGCAAGGGAAGUGGAGAGGGCGUGCGUGAGGCAGCAGAGGCUGGCAUGGCGGCAGAGAGAGGGGGAGGAGCUGAGGGGGGUAGUCUGGCAGGUGCUGCUGGUGGUGUUUCACGUGGUGGUGGGAGUGGCGAUGUGAUAGGAGGCGAGGAGGAGCGGGGGCUGCUGGGCAACGGGCUGACGGACCUGAAGCGGCGGUACGAGGUGGGCGAGCGCAUCGGCGAGGGGCGCAGCGGCGUGGUGGUGCGCGCAUGCGUGGAGCGCCGCUCCCGGCAGCGGUUCGCGUGCAAGUCGAUCGCGAAGAGCACGCUGGGGGACGCCAAGAAGGUGGAGGCGCUGCUGGUGGAGGUGGAUGUCAUGCAGCGCGUCAAGGGCCACCCUAACAUUGUGUCCCUGCAUGAGGCUCUGGAGGAUGCUCAGGACGUGCACCUAGUGAUGGAGAUGUGUUCCGGGGGGGACCUGCUCUCCCACAUCAACAGUGCGCCGCACAUCUCGGAGCGGCAGGCGGCGUGUGUGACGCACAGCAUAGCGAGCGCGGUGGCGCUGUGCCACAGGCACGGCGUGUGCCACCGCGACCUCAAGCCCGAGAACGUGCUGCUCGCCUCCAAGGCCGGGCCCCUCGGGGACCUGCGUGUUGCUGACUUUGGCAUCUCCACCUUCGUGCACCCCGGCUCUCGUUUUUGGUUCAUUCAUGCCUUCUGGUCUAAGCACACCUUCCCUGCCCUGUGCCACACCUUCCCCCCAUCCUCCCUCAUGCCCCUUUUACAAUGCUCCAGAGUAACUGUCUCUGCUGCUACAACACCCCCCCGGAGUAACCCGUUUUCGAAAAGGAAAAAGAACAAUCCUUCGAUUCUCACACGCUUGCCUUCUCAACUCCUCCUUCCCCUCCCUUCCAUGCUCGUGCUACCAUCCUUGCCCCAUUCCACUCUACGCCCACCAGGCCAGCGCAUGCGGGGGUACGCAGGGAGCCCGUUCUACAUAGCCCCAGAGGUCCUAGAGGGGCGGUACGGGCUGGAGGUGGACGUGUGGAGCAUGGGCGUCAUCCUCUACACGCUGCUCUCGCAGCGCCUGCCCUUCUGGCACAGCACUGAUAUCGGAGUUUACCAGGCCAUUCUGAGGGGCGCCGUGGACACGCAGUCGGGCGCGUGGGUGCAUGUGAGCCGCGAGGCGGCGGGGCUGGUGCGCCGCAUGCUGUGCCUGGACGUGCAGGAAAGGAUCACUGUGCAGGGGGUUCUCGAGCACCCGUGGGUGCUCCAGCACGUGAACGACACCACGCCCCUCCCCCAGCCCGCACCCGACCUGCCCAACUGGAAGCUCAGCAAGCGGCGCCGCGCCAUCGCCCGCUCGCGUGCGCGCAUCACGCCCUCCUUCCGCCUGCCCUCCUGCCUCACCCCCGCCGCCGACGGCGCCAUCAGCAGCAGCGGCAGCGGCAGCAGCAACGGCGGCAGCGUGAGGAGAGGCGGCGGGGGCGCGCCGAGCAGCAGGCGGGAGGGUGACUAUUCCCCGCGUGACAACAACGGGGGUGGGUACUAUGACGAGGAUGAGGAGGACGAGGAGGAGGCAGUGGUGACGGGGUUCAUACUGGCAGCACCCCCAGGCGCCACUCCCACGGUCCCCCCUGCACUGAAUAAGGGCGAGGAGUUCCCCCAGCUCUCCGCCGCGCCACGCAUGCAGCCCCUCGCGCUGCUCUCCCCGUCCCCGCUCCCUGCUGCUCCUGCCGGCAAGCGCGUGGGCAUGAACGGAGGGAGCGGUGGGGGAGGAGGCAUAGGAGGUGGAGGAGGGAGGGGAAGAGGGGAGGAUGUGGAGGGGGAUGGAUGGGAGGGGGAGAUGCUCUCUCUCCCCCUCCUCCUCCCCUUCUCUCCAACCCUAUCCUCCCUCACAUGUCCUCCACCCCGCCCACCUUUCUCGCCACCAUUCCUGCCAACACAACAUUGCCACUGUUUCCUUCUCUUCUCAUCUCGUCUGAAUAUCCCAUUCCUUUCCCUCCCCAAUCCCCACCUUUUAGCCACCUGUGACCUUUCCUACUCAGGGCUCCAAAUCUGGUCACUGUCCAUAUUCCUUGUGACACAGCAGCACAAUGGAGCUCAUCCCCUCCUCCUGCUCCUCCUUCAGUGGAGCUCAUCCCCUCCUCCUGCUCCUCCUUCAAUGGAGCUCAUCCCCUCCUCCUGCUCCUCCUUCAAUGGAGCUCAUCCCCUCCUCCUGCUCCUCCUUCAGUGGAGCUCAUCCCCUCCUCCUGCUCCUCCUUCAGUGGAGCUCAUCCCCUCCUCCUCCUUCCUCUAG